UGUCCGGUCUUUUAACCAUCUCCGUGUCCUUUUCUCUCGUCUUCUCCCUCUGUUCCUUCUUUUCCUCACAAUCUCUCCCCCUUUCACACCCCGAAAGACAACCACUGAUCCCAACACAAUGGCUUCCCCCACCGUCAAGCUCAACAGCGGCCAUGAGAUGCCCCUCGUGGGCUUCGGUCUGUGGAAGGUGAACAACGACACCUGCGCGGACCAAGUCUACCACGCGAUCAAGGAGGGAUACCGACUGUUUGACGGGGCCUGCGACUACGGCAACGAGACCGAAGCGGGCCAAGGCGUGGCGCGGGCCAUCGCCGACGGGCUGGUCAAGCGCGAGGAGCUGUUCAUCGUGUCGAAGCUGUGGAACAGCUUCCACGACGCGGAGCGCGUGGAGCCCAUCGCGCGCAAGCAGCUGCAGGACUGGGGGCUGGAGUACUUCGACCUGUACAUCGUGCACUUCCCGAUCGCGCUCAAGUACGUCGACCCGGCCGUGCGGUACCCGCCGGGCUGGGAGUCCGAGAACGGGCGGCUGGAGUUCAGCAACACCCCCAUCCACGAGACGUGGAAGGCGAUGGAGACGCUGGUCGACGCCGGCCUGGCCCGCAGCAUCGGCGUCAGCAACUUCAGCGCCCAGCUGGUCAUGGAUCUGCUGCGCUACGCCCGCGUCCGCCCCGCCACCCUGCAGAUCGAGCACCACCCGUACCUGACCCAGUCCCGGCUGGUCGAGUACGCCCAGAAGGAAGGGCUGGUCGUCACCGCGUACAGCUCGUUCGGGCCCCUGAGCUUUUUGGAGCUGGAGGUCAAGAACGCGCUGAACACGCCGCCGCUGUUCGAGCAUGAGCUCAUCAAGGAGAUCGCCGACAAGCAUGGGCGCACGCCGGCCCAGGUCCUGCUGCGGUGGGCGACGCAGCGCGGCAUUGCCGUCAUCCCGAAGAGUAACAACCCCAAGCGGUUGCAGCAGAACUUGGAGGUCACGGGCUGGGAUCUGGAGAGUGCGGAGCUGGAGAAGAUUAGUGAGCUGGAUCGCGGGUUGCGGUUCAAUGAUCCUUUGGGAUACGGGCUCUAUGUUCCCAUCUUCUAG